CCAGGCGUUUUAACAAGUCCGCGCUUUAUAUUGUUAAACCCUAAGAACUCUUCCUUCUUCGCUCCAAUUCACCUCUGACUGCCCAGACUCCUCCUUCCGCCGCCGAUCAACUGCAAUGGUGAAGUACUCGAGGGAGCCCAAUAAUCCCACCAAGUCCUGCAAGGCCCAGGGUGAGGGUCUAAGAGUUCAUUUCAAGAACACGAGAGAGACUGCCCAUGCCAUCAGGAAGAUGCAUUUGGCAAAGGCCAAAAGGUACUUGGAAGAUGUUUUAGCCCACAAGCAAGCCAUUCCCUUCCGCCGCUUUUGCCGCGGUGUUGGCCGAACUGCGCAGGCGAAGAACCGCCAGUCCAAUGGUCAGGGGCGUUGGCCCGUUAAGUCUGCUAAUUUCAUUCUUGAUUUGCUCAAGAAUGCUGAGAGCAAUGCUGAGGUGAAGGGGCUUGAUGUGGAUUCGCUGUACGUCUCUCACAUCCAGGUCAACCAGGCUCAGAAACAGAGACGCCGCACAUAUCGUGCUCAUGGGAGAAUAAAUCCUUAUAUGUCAUCUCCCUGCCAUAUCGAGUUGAUUUUGUCAGAGAAAGAAGAGGCAGUAAAGAAAGAGCCUGAUACUCAGUUGGCUCCCAGGAAGUCGAGGAAAGGUCAAGCACUGCAGAGCGGUGCUUCCUCUUGAGAUCUGUUAUCUGUAGUUUAAAGAGUUUAUGGUCUUCAUUCGUAUCGUAGAUCAUCCACUCUAUAUCUUUCCCAGAAUAUCUCUGUUUUCAGAUAUCUUUUAUUUGUAGUUGAGAAAUCUAUCACGGAAUUUUUGUUCAGCAGUUGUGCUUUUCAGUGUCUGGACGAGACUUUAAGCCUUUUUGCUUUCAAGCAUAACUAAUUUCAAGUGGAAAUUUGUGGUGA